UUGAAGAAAAAAAAAUACCCCGAGAAAUUUUCAUAAGGAAAAAGGAAGCAGAAGUGAAGAUCGAAACGGUGAAGAAGCCUAACAGCAGCAAAGAGCGUUAGAGCUGAUCGCUUGAGAUAAGGUCAAUUUGCAGUUGCACGCUUCCCAAUUCGCACACCCAUAUCACAUCACAUCUUUCUCCACACGCAACGCAACCUUUUUAUAAUCAAUCAUCCUCACUCGCAUUUGAAGACGCAGCAAUCUUUCCCGUGAAAAGGGACCAUGGAGGCAAAUUCAGGUGCCAGCGACCGAAUUUCGAGAAUCGCCGGCCACCUCCGCCCCCAGAGAGAGGAUGAUGUUUGUUUGAAGCGUAGCGAUUGCCGUGCAAAAGGUGGGGUCUCCGGAUUCAAGGUGGCCAUAUUGGGUGCCGCAGGAGGCAUAGGGCAACCUCUGGCGAUGUUGAUGAAGAUGAAUCCACUCGUUUCACUUCUCCACCUCUACGAUGUUGUUAACACCCCUGGCGUCACUUCUGAUAUAAGUCACAUGGACACCGGCGCUGUUGUUCGAGGAUUUUUGGGGCAGCAGCAGCUUGAGGAUGCACUUAUAGGCAUGGACUUGGUGAUCAUCCCUGCUGGUGUUCCUCGUAAACCUGGAAUGACAAGAGAUGAUCUCUUCAAUAUAAAUGCUGGAAUUGUUAAAACAUUGUGUGAAGCAAUUGCAAAGUGCUGUCCUAAAGCCAUUGUCAAUGUGAUAAGCAAUCCAGUUAACUCCACAGUCCCGAUUGCAGCCGAAGUUUUCAAAAGAGCUGGUACUUACGAUCCCAAGAGACUUUUGGGAGUCACUAUGCUUGAUGUUGUUAGAGCCAAUACGUUUGUGGCAGAAGUUCUGGGUGUUGAUCCAAGGGAUGUGGAUGUCCCAGUUGUUGGGGGACAUGCUGGAAUCACAAUUUUACCUCUUCUUUCUCAGAUUAAACCUCCUUGCUCUUUCACCCCAAAAGAAAUUGAGUACCUGACUGGUCGCAUACAAAACGGUGGAACUGAAGUUGUUGAGGCCAAAGCUGGAGCUGGUUCUGCAACACUAUCAAUGGCAUAUGCUGCUGUUAAAUUUGCAGAUGCAUGCCUUCAUGCCCUGAGAGGAGAUGCUGGCAUCAUUGAAUGUGCAUAUGUUGCUUCACAGGUGACUGAACUCCCAUUCUUUGCAUCAAAAGUACGACUUGGCCGAGUUGGGGUGGAGGAAAUUCUUCCUCUUGGUCCCCUGAAUGAUUAUGAGAGGGAGAGUUUGGAAAAGGCCAAGAAAGAGUUAGCAGCAAGCAUUGAGAAGGGCAUUUCUUUCAUCAGAAAAUGAGUAGUUGAUGAUAGUACGUCCCGAAAAUAAAUGGUUAGAUUGUGCUGUGUCCAUUGUGAGAUCAUAUAGAUUUAUAAUUAGUUAUGUGAUAUGUAUGAAUAUCGAGUUCUAUCUAGAAACAUGUAAAUGUAAUAAUUGGAAUACCGAAUUCCAUUUAUUAUUCCGUCUCGAGUUAUCCCCGUGAAGUUUGAGUUUGAGUCUAAAAAUCAAUUCAGAUUUUUGUAUUAUCUAUAGACGAAUAUAAACCUGCCCAAUUGAGCAUGAUAUUUAAGUUCAGUAAUAAAAAUGUUAAUUAUCACUUCAUUUUCA